AAUGGGACAACUGGGCUCCCAGUCUGUCACUUACUUAGUGGAGUUGUAAUAUUUCAGAAGUAAAAGUGAGAUGAGCCAUUAAUGAUCCCCGAGGGCUCACCUGUCAGAAUCAUCCAUGGCGAGGUCAAAGGCGAGGGUGUACACUUGUUGCGCGCUGAUACUGCUCUGCGUGAUCGCUGCAAUUGUGUGUAUUGUUGUACUUGUGAGACGCAAAUGUCCAGCUGAUACUUUCUCAAGUGCUGCAGUGGCCGCAGACUCUGGGAAAUGCUCAGAGAUUGGACGGGAUAUCCUUCGGAGAGGGGGCUCAGCGGUAGAUGGCGCCAUUGCUGCGCUCCUGUGCACCUCGGUCAUAAAUCCACAGAGUAUGGGCAUCGGAGGGGGUUCCAUAUUCACAGUGAUGGACAGCUCUGGUAAAGUGAAAAUCAUCAACUCCAGAGAGACUGUGCCAAGGAACUUUAAACCUGACCUGCUGAAGUCAUGUCCCAAGACCUUCCAGCUGGUGUUUGGCAGCCAGUGGAUUGGGGUCCCUGGAGAAAUUCGAGGUUAUGAAGAGGCACACAGGCUUUACGGGAAGUUGCCGUGGGCCUCCCUCUUCCAGCCGGCCAUCCAACUGGCCAGAGAGGGGUUUCCUAUUCCUCCAGUUCAAGGUCGCUAUAUCCCGUACAUUGAUACAAACCAGACCCAGCCACUACGGAAGUUAUAUUCUGAUAAAGAUGGGAACUUGCUGAAGACUGGUGACAUAAUGAAGUUUGAGAAACUGGCUGACACUUUUGAGAUGAUCGCAGAUCAGGGAGCAGAUGCCUUCUACAAAGGACGAAUAGCAGAGGAUUUAAUCCAUGACAUACAGGAGGCAGGGGGAACGCUCACACUGGAGGACUUGGCAUCGUAUAAUGCUAUAGUGACUGAUGCGUGGGAUUUUCAUUUGGGAGAGUACCAGAUGUACAUACCUCCACCCCCCGCAGGCGGCAUUAUCCUCAGCCUCAUCCUUAACAUCUUGAAAGGAUAUGGCCUGAAAUCAGAAUCUCUGACAGGUCAGCAAAAGAUUCUGGCUUAUCACCGCUAUGCUGAAGCUUUUAAGUUUGCCAAUGGAUUGAAGAAACACAUCCGGGAUCCAAACUUCAGCUCAGACAAAAUGGUGAGGAAAUUCAUAGAGGACAGCUUCGCCGACCACAUACGGAGCUUAAUCAGCAGCGACAAGGCUCGUGAUCCCCAGCACUACAACAUCUCCUCAUAUCUGGAGAGCAUGGGCACCUCACACGUGUCUGUGCUGGCCGAGGACGGAUCCGCCGUGUCUGUCACCAGCACCAUCAACCACAUAUUUGGCUCCAAGGUUUUCUCUCCGAGGACUGGAGUCAUCCUCAACAACGAGCUGUGUGACUUCUGUGGAAGAGUCGAUGACAUCUAUCCUGUCAAGGCUUUUGUUGUGCUCGCAGGGGAGCAGCCCCCCUCAUCCAUGGCCCCCGCUGUGCUGAAGUCUCAGUCGAAGAUGCUGGUGAUUGGAUCGAGUGGUGGGGGUAUGAUCACGACUGGGAUCGCCUCGACACUCAUGAACCAUCUUUGGUUUGGAAAGAGUCUUAAGGACGCGAUCGAUACUCCUGUUAUUUAUGUUGACUCUCAAAAUACACUGAAGUUUGAACCCAACUUUGACAAGAACAUAAUCCAGGCUCUUAAAGAUAUGGGACACAAUCAAGGUGAAGCAAGCAAUUUCUACAACGUGGUCAAUGCUGUAGAGAAGGAGGACGGUUGUAUCUGUGCAGUGUCUGAUGCCAGGAAACAGGGCCAGGCGUCCGGUUACUGAGACUCAGAGUUGGUCACACUGGUUGUGCAGGAUGACCUGAAGGUUACAGAGAUCUUCCCUGCCCACCCCCCACCCCAACCCCCCCGCAAAAGUUGCAACAGAUGGUGUUUGAAAAUCAUUGUACAAGGCACUGAAUAACAGGCUUCUUAUGUAGCAGUUAAACAUGUGGCCUUUGACUUUAAUAGUGACGUGAUGGAUUUUACUGUGCAAGAAGAAACUACUGCCCUUAUCUGUGAUUGUAUCUGACCUCCUGUGACUCUUCUGUUCAGCUUGCUCUUUCUCCCAGUUUCCAUUCCAUUUUUCACGUGUGACUUGGUAGUACAUUCCUUUUAAUAUAUGAGACAUGAAAUACAUAGCAGGCUAUUUUAGACCGUCUCACUAAGUUAAUAACUUGUUCAUAUCUGGCAUUACGAGGUAGUCACGCUCUUAGUACUAGAGCACUGAGUUUACAUAUGUCCUAUACUAUAAUGAAUACUAUAUUAAAACAUAAUAGGGCUGCUUUUCAGUAUGCUAACUCUCUUUAUGCUAACUGUCCAUACAUGAAGGGUAGUUAUCAGAAUUUUUUGUUUUUGUUUUUUUAAAUAUUACAUGAAUAUAUUUUAUAGAAACGUAUGUAUGUCAUAUGUUGUGUCAUUCUUAAAUUGUAUUUACUGAGUUAAACAUGGUUAGAAAUUGACUUUAUGUUUUUAAGAAAACUGAAUAAGAGGAUGAAGUGUGAAGUGUAAAUAUAUAAAAGGAUUAUUAUAAUAAAUGAAAGGACAAUAAAUAAAUCCUGGUUGCAGUCUGUGACAAACAACUAUUAAUGGCAAGUGCUUUUUGUGGAUGCACCAAUGUGACCCUCAGCCUACCAACUGGAGUCUGUGCAUGCUCCAGAAGUAUAUUUGUUGUGAUAUCUCAUAAGUGCUUUUUAAAAUUAUUCAAAUUUUCAUGACUUUGUCAAUGAAUUUGUUCUUCAUGAUGUCAUGUCAUUGUUUUCGAUUUCUACCUUAUUAAUGCCUUUUAGAAAUUCAAAUGUUUUGUGGCUCCAGAGGACCCCAGUCAGUCUAUGUAGUUUUAAUAAAUGAAACUAUUUAUUCAGUUGAUGUUUGCCAUGGGUCCUAAUUUAAAGUAUCACUCAGUAUCAAGGGGACACUGUCAGUCUUUUUGAAGACACAGAUGCAGCAGCAACAGAUUUCCACAUGUGCUCUGUUGACAAUUUGAGAUACUGCUGUUCCUGGGGUAAGAUGAUAUUCAAAGUCAGAGAUACAAUACAAUACAUAAUGAAAUGAUGAUGUUUUGUCAGUCUAGAGUAUAACUAUAUAAUGUAGGAUUUAAUAACACCAGCAUUUAGUUUUUUGGCAAAAAUGGCAAGCAGAUAAAGACUGGCCAGAUUUGGUGUUGCUGAGGUUUGAAUGAUGGUUUGAGUGUUUAUUUGAGUUAUUUACUGGGACUGGGACUAUACUUGAAAUUACUGAAAACUAAGGGACACCAGAAUCAAAAGAUGGUAAAUAAGCUUUAAGUGAUAAUGUGGGCUGUACUUAAAAACUACAUGUUGUAUUAUUUGUUUCACAAAAUGUGCAAAUUAAUUGUAACUUUGCUAAAAUAAUAAUCAUCUAUUAUUUUUUUUCUUUAGAUGAAAUUAAUUACAUAACUAAUAAUGCUUUGAGAAGAUAUUAAAUAAGUUUUGCUAUUAUUAUUAUUUUGCCUCUUACAGUCAGUGUAUGUUAAAUAUGUUGGUAGGAUGAGGGUUAACCUGAGGUCACUGCUAUUGAAAUCAGCUCUGUAAAUCCAUUCCUUUGUGCCAUAAUGUAUUCUGAACAGUCUGCGUGAUUUCUCUGUGCAGUUUUUCAUAAAUUAUUUUUCAUUUCUGUGCUAGAGCAUAUUGCAGCUGGGGCAAGAUAAUCAGAUCAAGUAGUGACUCACACAAACAGGAGAGCAGUUUCAGAGAAAGUUUGAGGAAAUAUGAUACACUUUCCUUGUGUGUAAAAAGGCCUGUGUGAGCCAUUUUUUCAAUUCACACAAAUAAAGCAAAUAGUUUUGUUG